AGAAGAAAGGAAGUCAACCUUAGCAAAAUUGAUGGUAUUCAAUUACAACAAUUACAACAAUUACAAAAAUCCUCGUCGUCGCUUCCGUUUGCAAUCGAUAUAGGCAGGUACCUACUUAAACUGAAAUAAAGUGGUAAGUGCAAUUCAUCCAUUUAUCAAAGUUGAUCCAUCUUAUCUGCUCACUUCACACCCUCACCCUCACUCUCACUCUCACUUAUCCUUCACUUUCCCUCUCUCUCCCCUCCGAAUCGCUGAACCAUGAUGAGCAAUUCCAUUUCCACUCUUCUUUCGACAUCGUCAAAUUACCACAUUACAUCACUUUCCACACCAUACCACAUCAUACCACUAAUUGAUUCACACUCUUCUUAUCCUUUUUCUAUGCACCUACGAGCUUGCUGCCCACAUAAGGUCACAUACCAGAUCGAUUAUUUACCAUGACCUCUUCUUCUGCAGCGUCGUCUUUGUACAAGGCCAGACAUAUUGUCGUAGGCCUCACUGUUGUUUUGGGGAGUGCAUGGUAUCUACGGCAACGAAUGGCUAAGAACCGAGCCAACGGCGCCGAUUCGAAAGAUGCUGAUGCCGCUGACCCCCCGCUCCUCCGGAAGCACUCCGAGGUGAAAUCAUACACUGCUUCCCGAAGUGGUAUCACCUAUCCCGGCAUCCGAGUCUUUUAUCGCCGUCAUCCCAAGGCAGAUGAGCUUCCUCGAGAUCCCGCCCCACUACCUCUCCUGGUAUUCAUCCAUGGUCUUGGCGGAUCCGUCGCUCAGUUCCAUCCUCUUCUCACCAGUCUUAGUAAUUCCGCAUCUUGCCUAGCCGUUGAUUUUCCUGGUUGCGGCCUCUCUCAAUUUGCCCCGUCAUCGUGGGACGCCUACACUUCGGAUGCCCUGACCGACUUGCUCGAGACCAUUAUUGAAGGUUACCGAGAGAAGGAUCAAGGAGUCGUCUUGAUUGCUCACAGCAUGGGAACAGCCGUCGCGGCUCGCAUCGCAAAUCCACAAUCGGCGUAUUACCUGCGGCCUCCUUCUCAUGUGAUGGGACUGGUCGCGAUCUGUCCCGUCUCUGGACCGCCAUCUCCAGGAACAGUGCGUAACUUCCGCGUGCUCCUACGGCUUCCAGAGUUCAUCUUCAACAUGUGGCGCGCGUGGGAUCGGUGGGGCGGAUCUGAGAGCGCAAGCGUCAAACGCUUCGUUGGGCCUGGUGGGGACCUCGAGACCCGGCAGCUUCAGAACAAGUUCAACAGCCAGAGCCGGACACCCGUCUUUCGUCGCAUGGCUUGGGGACUCUUACCCAGUCAUUUUGUCGAUGGGAAACCGGCUGACGGACUGUUUGGCGAACCAACUUGGGCCGGCCUUGACAUUCCUGUUUACCUGAUCGGCGGCGAACAUGACACAGUAACAUCACCGAAAGAAGUUGAAAAGAUUCGGGGCAUGCUUGACUCGGGAACGAGUUCGGCCAAUCAAGCAUCUUCACCCAGCUCCCCCAGCAAAGCCCGCGCUAUUUCACCUACCACGGCCGAAGAACGUGUAAAUAUCGAUUCCGUGACUUCAGUAAAUGCCACAAUAAAUCCAGGGGAGCACAUGCCGCGAUCGAUCGACACUAUUACUGAUGAAGAUUUUGCGCGAAAGAAACAGCCGAUGUCAAACAUAGAAGAUCACUAUGAAGAUCCGACUACGCCCAGAGAUCAGGAAUCAGUUAGCAAUAUCCCUUCACAGCCCCGACAUCCAGCCAAAGUGGUCAAAACCUCAAUACUCCCUACAGGGCACGCUAUGAUGUACAUGUCGACAACCGUUCGUACCUUAGCAGGACUAAUUGGCGAUUUUAUGAAUGAUCAUAUCACCGGCCGGUUUUCUCUUGGCUGGCAACUACAGCAUCUUUCUCGGGACGGCAAGUGGGAUGUCAAGAAUUUGGCCAAAUGGAAAAGUGUCCGACCUGUUUCUGAUCCCAUUGGCGGUAUAUUCCGAGCCAUGAAGACUCUACGCGAGGUCGACGAGGAGCAUUCCCCCAAAAUCUUCACGGCCAACUGGGGAAACAUCAUCAAGGAUAUUAUUGAUAUUAGCCAUGACAAUCCCGUCUAUGACCCUAAGAGCUUCGGAGAGGGGAUCAAGUACCAUAAAUUCCCCACAGUAUCAAAGAUUCCCCCAACCGACACAGAGGUGGCACAAUUCAUCAAGCUGGUGGAUGCAAUCCGUGAUGAUCAAAAGAUUCGCGCCUCCUCGGAACCGGAUUGGAGUGAUGACCAUGUUAUUGGCGUGCACUGUCACUAUGGAUUCAACCGCACUGGCUACUUCCUUGUAUGCUACCUAGUAGAGCGCUGCGGAUACGGCGUUCAAGAAGCGAUCGAUGCCUUUGCAACUGCGAGGCCUAAUGGGAUUCGCCACUCGCACUUCCUCGAUCGUCUGUUCGUCCGUUAUACGCUCCCUUCCCGAGAAUGAGUUUAUACCCAAGUAGGUUAAGCACCUGCGUCUUAGAAUUGAUAUUCGACAGUCUCGUCACCGGGUUGAUUUUUAUUGACAAGAUUCAUUUUUGGGGGUUUUUGGGUUUAGAUAUUCUUUAGCAACUGGGAAGGAUGGUCUUUGGAGUUGGGCGACCUUGAUGUUACUAUCUUGUAUGAUUACCAGUACCUACAUGUAAGGUGCCUAGGUACAUAGGGUACCCUGUUGUAUUGUAUUUAUGUUCCUGCAGUAUGUGUAGGUGGGCUUUUCGAUUGAUAGCAGUGGUGUUUAUAUAAUCCUCUUUCCACUUUUCGUUGGUGGCUACUUUCUAUAGGCAUCUAAUUUGAAGCAUUCUAGAUUGCCUAUAA